AUGCAACUCUUUGUCGGCACCCAGGAGCUACACACUCACAAGGUGACCAACCAGGAGACAGUAGUCCAGAUCAAAGCUCAUGUGGCCUCAUUGGAAGACAUUGACCAUGAAGAUCAAGUUAUGAUUCUGGUAGGCUCACUGCUGGAAGAUGAGGUCACCCUAAGCCAGUGUGGUGUAGAGGCCCUAACCACUCUGGAAGUAGUUGGCUGCAUGGUGGGAGGUAAAGUUCAUGGUUUCCUGGCUCUUGCUGGAAAAGUGAAAGGUCAAACUCCCAAACUGAAGAAGAAGAAGAAGAAGAAGAAGAAGACAGGUUGGGCCAAACUACAAAUGCAGUACAAUCAUUGCUUUGCCAAUGUCAUUCCCACCUUUGGCAAGAAGAAGGGCCCCAAUGCUAACUUCUAA